CGGUUCCGUCGUACGGCGUCCCGGCGAAACGACGGUGGAGAGGGCUCGUAAUUGCGGUGCUCGGUCUCGUCAUUCUCUCCAUGCUCGUCCCUCUUGUCUUCUUACUAGGCCUCCACAACGGUUUCCACUCUCCCGGAUAUAUCGAACAGAGAAAUUCUCCUUCGAAUCAGAAAACUCUUGAAAGAUAUGAUAAACAUGAUGUUGGCCAUAAUAAGUCUGAGGGAGAACAAUCAUCGAGUCAUCAUGUGGAGGAACUGAUCACAAAGUUUGAACCAACUCUUCCAAAGGAUGUUCUCCACAAAUAUACUCAAGAAGGUAAGAAUGACACCAUCAAUAAGGCUGACAAUGAUGAUAAACAAAUAGGUGGCAUCGCAGACACUAUCAAUAAGGCUGGCAAUGAUGAUAAAAAAAGAGGUGGCACCACAGACACUAUCAAUAAGGCUGGUAAUGAGGAUAAACAAAGAGGUGGCACCACGGACACUAUCAAUAAGGCUGGCAAUGAGGAUAAACAAAGAGGUGGCACCACGGACACUAUCAAUAAGGCUGGCAAUGAUGAUAAACAAAAAGGUUCAAAGGCGCUACCUAAUGAAGUUGUGCAAUCACCUCCAACUUCAAAUAAUCAUAGAAGUGGUCACAUUGAACAAGUCGCCCGCCCUAAAACAAGCUCUAAUGACGAUGGUGGAAAGUCAUGUGAGCUCACAUUUGGUAGUUAUUGCCUAUGGCAACAAGAACAUAGACAAGAAAUGAAAGAUGGUUUGGUUAAGAAAUUGAAAGACCAACUAUUUGUGGCUAGAGCUUAUUACCCUAGCAUUGCAAAACUCCCAGCACAAGAUAAAAUGUCUCGCCAACUGAAGCAGAAUAUACAAGAGAUGGAGCAUAUGCUUAGUGAAUCUACUACAGAUGCUGAUCUUCCACCAGUGGCUGAGAGCUAUUCGAAGAAGAUGGAACAUUCAAUUACCAGAGCAAAAUCAGUACCUAUGGAUUGCAACAAUGUUGACAAGAAAUUGAGACAAAUAUUUGAUUUGGCCGAGGAUGAAGCCAUCUUCCACAUGAAACAAAGUGCAUUCUUGUAUAAACUUAAUGUUCAGACAAUGCCAAAGAGUCUUCACUGCCUGUCACUGAAACUAACUGUAGAAUAUUUCAAAUCCCCAAAUUAUGAAGAGAAGACUGAUGAGGAAAAGUUUAUUGAUUCUUCAUUACACCAUUAUGUUAUUUUCUCUAAUAAUGUGCUUGCAACUUCAGUGGUUAUCAACUCCACUGUAUUUCAUGCAAAGGAAAGUUCAAAUCAGGUUUUUCAUGUGUUGACUGAUGGAGAAAAUUAUUAUGCAAUGAAGCUCUGGUUCUUGAGGAACCAUUAUAAGGAAGCUUCUGUUCAAGUGCUGAAUGUUGAGCUGGACAGUGAAAAGGAAAAUCCAUUGCUUCUAUCCUUGUCCGAGGAGUUCCGUGUAUCAUUUCGUGGUUAUGAUAAUCCAUCCAUGAACCAGAUUAGAACAGAAUACCUUUCAAUUUUUUCUGAUUCACACUAUUUACUUCCUGAUUUAUUCAGCAAUUUGAAGAAAGUUGUGGUUUUGGAUGAUGAUGUUGUUAUUCAACAAGACUUGUCUGCGUUAUGGAACAUGGACUUGGGGGAUAAAGUUAAUGGUGCAGUGCAGUUCUGCUCGGUAAAGCUGGGUCAACUGAGAAGUUAUCUUGGUGAGAGAGGUUUUGAUCACAAUUCUUGUGCUUGGAUGUCAGGGUUGAACAUAAUUGACCUGGUGAGGUGGAGAGAGCUUGGUCUUACUCAAACUUACAAAAAGUUGAUAAAAGAGUUGACCAUGCAAGGAGGCUCUGUUAAAGCUGAUGCAUGGCAGGCAAGCUUGCUCACCUUUGAGAAUAAAAUAUAUCCACUCAAUGAGUCGUGGGUUGUGUCUGGACUGGGUCAUGAUUAUAGAAUUGAUACUCAGCCCAUUAAGACAGCUGCAGUGCUACACUAUAAUGGGAAAAUGAAACCUUGGCUUGAUCUGGGAAUUCCACAGUAUAAAAGCUACUGGAAGAAGUUUCUGAACAAAGAAGAUCAACUCUUAAGUGAAUGCAAUGUAAAUUCAUAAUAAGUUAUGGUCCUUGUGUAAGCUUGCAUGUUUUGGAAAUUGUAGGGUUGAGCUCUUAAGAAACAAGAGGAUGCCUGUGCUUUGGGUGCGCUCAAUUUUCUGAUCUAGUUUUCGAAGGGGUUUUGUGGAAGAAGCGAUGGUGGUGAUGAGUUUAACACACCAGUUAUAAAAUUAAUCAGUCAAUAAGGAACCUGGAAACUUCCCUGCAUUUCUGGCAAAAGGAUCAAGAAGUCUGAGUAGCCUCACAGUUUUCAAGAUAGCUAAUUGGUGUUGAGGUUUUUCCCUACUGUGCCGGUGGGCACUACGAAGAUUUAUACAUGAGCAAGGCAGUGGUCCAUGAAAAAUAACUCAAAUAUAAAGACAGUACAAUUGUUUGUUUCAAGAUUUUAUUAUUCUACAUGAUGUAAAUUAUUCGUAGCUGAGAAACAGGUAGAGCUAUUCGUUCUAGUCUUUUGCAUUCAUAAUUUGCUCAAAGUUUGUUCUUAUUUGAUGACAAGAAUGUUGUCCAACAGCUCUAUAAAAGAAAAAGUAACAAUUUUGUCCCCUAGCAAUAGUUUAACAGUAACUACUCUUUGCAAUA